GUAACAGAGAUGUAAUAUGUAGAUGACUAUUGACGAGCGGAUAUCAAAUAGAAAAAUUCAUACUUUGCUUUUAGUAUUGGUUAGACAAUAAACACACCCCAAAAUUGAUUCCACUUUCUACCAUUGAAAUCCCUCAAGACUUCUCUUCUAAUUCCAUUUUCUAACGUUCUCAUAUUCAUAUUAUUAGAAAUUUGCUUGAUUUAUCAGCAAAUCAAUCAAUUUUAUAAAACCCCUUUUCCCCAAUUUACGCGGUUUCCUCCCGCUCUAAAUCUUGUUCUUCCUCUAUUUCUUUUUCUUUGUUGAUUUUAAGAGAUCAACCCCAAUUAAUCAAACAUGUUUACGAGGAUUUUCGGCAAACCCAAAGAGGGAACUACCAGUGCUGUUGCAACUUUAGAUAAAUUGAGCGAGACACUUGAAAUGUUGGAGAAAAAAGAGCAGGUGCUUUUGAAGAAGGCUACUGCUGAGGUUGAAAAGGCCAAGGAGUUUACUAGAGCAAAGAACAAGCGUGCUGCUAUAACAUGUCUGAAGAGGAAAAGGCUUUAUGAACAACAAGUAGAGCAGCUUGGGAACAUGCAGUUACGAAUUCAUGAUCAGAUGAUAUUGCUUGAAGGGGCAAAAGCGACAACAGAAACUGUUGAUGCAUUAAGGUCUGGUGCCUCAGCUAUGAAGGCCAUGCAAAAAGCAACAAACAUCGAUAACGUGGAUCAAACUAUGGAUGAGAUCAAUGAGCAGACAGAGAAUUUAAAACAGAUACAGGAAGCUCUCUCUGCUCCUAUUGGUGCAGCAGCUGAUUUCGAUGAGGAUGAAUUAGAAGCAGAGCUUGAAGAGUUAGAAGGUGCUGAAUUAGAGGAGCAACUUCUACAGCCAGCAACAACUGCUCCUGCUGCAUCGGUGUAUGUUCCAGCUGGAAAACAACCCGUACGCCCGAUACCGCAGAAGCAAACUGCUGAAGAGGAAGAGCUUGCAGCGUUGCAAGCAGAGAUGGCACUUUAGACAGAUAUUCGUUGCUGGAAAACAGGAGACGGUCUUAACAUAUAUGAAGCUGUAUUAUAAGGUUAUCAUUGCUGUUUGUUCGUAGCAGCUUUGCAGGCACGUGUUAUGUAUUCUGGGAUUUUCUGGUAAUAAACUGUGCUGUUUAGGUUGCAUCAUGUUGUUAAUAGACCGUAAUUCCUCUUGCAAAAGGUCUUGAUUGUACCUUGUUCUCAAUGUAAAUUCCAGACUUUCUUACGGACAUUGUAAUAUCUGACUAUCAUUUUCUAACUAGUCAACACUUCACAUAUGUAAAAUGGUGAAUACAAGUUCUGAGCAUGUACGACCUUUUGGAUA